AUGGCUCUCAGAGUUCUUGUUGGUUGCAAGCGUGUCAUUGAUUAUGCCGUUAAAGUGCGUGUAAAGCCUGAUAAGACUGGAGUAGUAACGGAUGGCGUCAAGCACAGUAUGAACCCAUUUGAUGAAAUUGCUAUUGAAGAAGCAGUUCGACUUAAAGAGAAAAAAGUAGCCUCAGAGGUUGUUGCAAUCAGCUGUGGACCUAAGCAAUGUCAGGAAACGUUGAGAACAGCUCUAGCGAUGGGAGCUGAUCGUGCAAUUCACGUGGAAGUGCCUGAACCAGAAAGCCAUACGUUGGAACCAUUAGGUGUUGCUAAAAUCUUUAGUAAAUUAGCUAAAGAUGAGGACGUAGGCUUGAUCAUUGUUGGCAAGCAGGCCAUUGAUGAUGAUUGUAACCAAACCGGCCAGCUAACUGCAGCUUUACUGGAUUGGCCUCAGGCAACUUUUGCCUCAGAAAUUACAGUUGAUGGCGACAGUAUGAAAGUCAUUCGUGAAGUUGAUGGUGGAUUAGAAACGAUAAAAGUAAACAUGCCGGCUGUAGUAUCCGCGGAUUUGAGAUUAAAUGAACCUCGCUAUGCCACAUUACCAAAUAUCAUGAAAGCAAAAAAGAAAAAGAUAGAUGUAAAGACUCCAGCGGAUUUGGGUGUAGAUAUCUCGCCUCGAACGGAAACAUUAAGUGUGGAAGAUCCCCCCGUACGUCAAGCCGGAAGUAAGGUUGAGGAUGUCAGUGAACUCGUAGAAAAGUUGAAAUCGCACGGAUUUGUUUAG